AUGGUGGAGCUGGCGAGACCCCAGGUGCCAACCACAGCGUCUUCUCCGCCGGCUUCAAUCGUACUCUGUUCCUUAGGGCGGCUUGGGGCCUGCAACUACUGGAUGUUUACGCCUUACGGCUCCACACCUCAGGCAGACGCCUCCAGACAGCUCUAUCUGAAAACAGCAAAUCGAUACAAAAAGAUUCCGCUGAGAUACAGCAACUUUUCUUCGAGUGAGGCUGGUUUUGCGGCUAAGCUGGAGCGUGAGCCGCAAACUCAAGAUGGCCCUUGGAAGAUCCUGGUCUUUCGAGCUCGAUUGGUUGGGCGGUUGAUCUGCGCCCAGUUUAGAAUAACGGCGUCUGGAAAGAAGAUGGAUGAAGAAUGCCAGAGAAGCCUAGAGGAGCCUAGGGGUCAUGCGAGUCAGCGCAAGAAGCGAGGAUACGCCGCUGCAGAGGUGGACGACAUCGAUGUUUCGCCAGCCGAUUGGUGCGGACGGCACAAUACUAAGACGCUGACGGGUCGCUUUGUCAACCGGCCUGUGGUGGCCGUAUAG